CUAAGGAGAGGUGAGAAAUGUCGAAGAUGAAGGAGAAAUUGAAACCGAUCCUGGAUGAGAAGAUCACCAAACAUCUGAAUCUGACCGUGCUGCAGAGGAUCGAUCCUUGCGUUCAGGAGAUCAUCGCCGGCGCUACUCAUGUCGCCAUCUACGAAUUUGACAUCGACACUUUGGAGUGGAGUCGGAAGAAUGUUCAAGGCACACUUUUCGUUGUGAAAAGGAAUACUGAACCGCACUUCCAGUUUCUAGUAAUGAAUCGUAAAAGCACAGAAAAUCUGGUGGAGAGUCUCUGGGGAAAUUUUGAGUAUGAAGUGCAUGGUCCAUACGUGUUAUACAGAAACCACUGUAAAGAGGUAAAUGGAAUAUGGUUCUAUGAUACGAAGGAGUGUGAGGAGAUUUCAAAUCUGUUUGGCAGGAUACUUAAUGAAUAUUACGAGGAGCCGACAAAGUUGAAAGUGUCAUCAAGAGAAAUCAAAGUUGAAAAGGAUGACACCCUAGAGCAUCAUCUACGGCUAUCGCUAAAGUUGAAAAAGGAUGAUCAAUCUUGUGUGCAAAAUUUAUCAGUAAUAGUUAACCUGUCGAGUAAGAAGGCAGAUUCUUAA